CUGAAAGUGUUGGAAACAUAAUUGUGCAUACAUUAAUGCCACCAUACAAUACAAUACCAGAUGUCUGCUGAAAAUCUUGCAAACAAUGGAGAGCGUGAGGAAGUCAACAUGCCUACUGAGCCUAUCUUGAAGUCGUUGAAAAGCAAGGCGGAUGGAUCAGUAACUGCUGCAUUUCCAUACGAUACAAAAUUCGUCAAAGCAUUGCUGAAAGACGUUCACCUCAUGUUUGUAGGUGAUUCAUUGAUGCGAGGGAUCUACAAAGACGUCAUCGUUAUGCUGCACGGAAAUGACCUUAUCGAUGACAGUAUGUUGAAAUCGAAGACCGAGCCAACUUUCUUUGGCGAUAAAAUGAUCGACGUGCUUCCUCUGGAAAAGGACAGAGUUUUUCGUCAGGCGAGGGAGUACCACACAGAAUACUACCUCAUACAGUAUCUUUUCACAACAAGAGUGAUGAAAGAUGACAUAGAGACUGCGCUUUUGGAACUAUGUACUGCCAACGAGUUUCCGGAUGUGUUGUUCAUAAAUUCUUGUCUUUGGGAUAUUACAAGAUAUAAUCGUGCGAUUGACGAGACGACGAGACAGACUGCUACCCAACCGCAGAUUGAGAGAACAUCGCUCGAAGAGUUUCUAGAGCGAAUUUCGAUGCUACUGCGACGUCUUCGUCUCAUAUUACCAGCCACAACACAGGUGGUAUGGGUGAACAUGCCUUGGCCGCUCCCGGUCGACACCCGUUCCUUUCAAAACAGAGCGGGUAGUACCGAUAAAUACCUCAACAGGAUGUUGAUAGUAGACGCGAACUUUCGAGCAUCUCAGCUCUUUCGCGCCGCUGGAUAUGACGUCCUCGAUAUCGCAUUUUACAUGCGCAACCAAGCUCUUUAUGCAUAUAGAGUUAAAGAUGGCGUGCAUUGGGACUCUAUCGGAACUCGCAUCAUGUCGCAGUUGGUUGUCGGACACUUGGCUCGCUCAUGGAAUAUACCGCCUCCACGUAAUAUACAGCAGAAACUGAAUGGAUUCGCCGAAAAUGCGCUUUCAUUUGACGGUCACAAAAACUGGGCUGUCUGUUCGCUCAUAGCAUUCACAAUAUCCACUCUCUCUGAAGGAACAGACGAGUACCAUUCUUUUCCCGAACUUCUACAGAGAAAGAUCCGAGCGGCCGCUCUGCGUGAAAUUAAGGAGAGCGAUCCAAAAUUAUACGAUGCACUCAUGAGCGAUAUACGCGCAAUGAGGAUGUGCAAAGUGCUCGAGGAUAACCCGGGUACCUCUGAGCGAUUGGAUGUUGAGCACCUUUGGGAGCUCGAUGAAAUGGUGAAAGCUUUUCCAAAAGUGGCUGAGUGCAUUGGACAAGUUGCAGCGCAGGAGGUUACGUUAUUGGUGAAUAAUACUGUGUGCCGCAAACGCAAGCACGUACCUUAAACUCUCUCCGAAAUAGUUUGAAGUAGCAGUAUUUUGUAUCCACAGCUGUUGUGUUUAUCCGCUUAGAUGAACAGCAUAAGAUGAGUUGAUCUAGCCCCGACAUGUUCAACUUAAUUUUUUUUUCGUCUCAAACAGUACAUAGGUUAGCAAAGUUUUUUCUCGGCUCAGAAAAAACUGCAUAUCUUUGCUCUAC